CAUGCGCAGUGGCCACCCGGCGUCGACAGAGGGAGGAGGAGGAGGAGACGAUGGCGAGCUGAUGGCGGCGGCUCUGUCCGCCCGCCCGCCGCUCACAGGUACGAGGAGUGUCGCCAUGGAGGAGUCGGAAGGGGAGACUGAGCAGAGCGACCAAUGCCCGUGCCCCAGCGCCGAGGACAGCGAGACGCAGGUCGGCAGCUCGCUGGGGGUCAUCAAGGAGGGCGUAGGGGAGACUUUGAUCGACUCGGAGAUGGCCAAGCGGGCAUGCCAGGAGGUGCUAGAGAAGGUCAAGAUGCUGCGCGAGUCUUCGACGGAGGAAGGGGAGGACGGGGGGGCGGGGACCGUGCCCAACGGCGUGGCCACCGACGCCGAGCGUAGCGUGGCCAGGGCGGAGGAGGCGGCGGCGUGCAACACGGCGAGGAGCGCCCGCAGGCGGCAGCGGUACAACUCGGCCAAGCAGUCGUGGCUGCUGCGGCUCUUCGAGUCCAAGCUCUUCGACAUCUCCAUGGCCAUCUCGUACUUGUACAACUCCAAGGAGCCCGGCGUGCAGGCCUACAUCGGCAACCGGCUCUUCAGCUUCCGUCACGAGGAGGUGGACUUCUACCUGCCGCAGCUGCUCAACAUGUACAUCCACAUGGACGAGGACGUGGGCGACGCCAUCAAGCCCUACGUGGUCCACCGCUGCCGGCAGAGCAUCAACUUCUCCCUGCAGUGCGCCUGGCUGCUGGGGGCCUACUCGUCCGACAUGCACAUCUCCGCCCAGCGCCACUCCCGCGGCACCAAGCUGCGCAAGCUCAUCCUCUCCGACGAGCUGAAGCCGGCCCACCGGCGCAAGGAGGUGCCCGUGGUCAGCCCGGCCGGCGACACGGGCCAGUCGCCCUCCAAGCGGACGCACCAGCGGUCCAAGUCGGACGCCACGGCCAGCAUCAGCCUGGGCAGCAACCUCAAGAGGACGGCCAGCAACCCCAAGGUCGAGCGGCAACAGGACGAGGGGCUUUCGUCCAGUAAUGAGAGCAUUGAUAGAGAUGUUCGCACUCAACCGGCCAGGCUGGCCCCGGAGAGGGAGUUCAUCAAGUCGCUGAUGGGCAUCGGCAAGCGCCUGGUCACCCUGCACACCAAGGAGCAGAAGACGCAGCGGCUCAUCUCCGAACUCUCGCUGCUCAACCACAAGCUGCCGUCCCGCGUCUGGCUCCCGACGUCGGGCUCCGACCACCACGUGGUGCGGGUGCCCCACAACCAGGCCGUCGUCCUCAACUCCAAGGACAAGGCUCCCUACCUGAUCUACGUGGAGGUGCUGGAGUGCGAGAACCUGGAGGUGUCGCCGGUGCCGACGCGGAUCCCGGACAACCGCAUCCGCAGCACGCGCUCGGUGGAGAACCUGCCGGGCUGCGGUGGCAGCGGCGGGAGCGGUGGCGGAGGUUCCACCCACGAGCAGCGGGCGCCCACCUUCACCACCGUGCCCAACUACGACAACGACGACGAGGCCUGGUCCGUUGACGACAUCGGCGAGCUACAGGUGGAGCUGCCUGAGGUCCACACGAACAGCAGCGAUAACAUCUCCCAGUUUUCGGUGGACAGCAUCACAAGCCAGGAGAGCAAGGAGCCGGUGUUCAUAGCCGCCGGUGACAUCAGGCGGCGACUCUCAGAACAGUUGGCACACGCACCCACCACCUUCAAACGGGACCCCGAGGACCCAUCAGCUGUGGCACUGAAGGAACCAUGGCAGGAGAAAGUCAGACGAAUCCGGGAGAAUUCUCCCUACGGUCACUUUCCGAACUGGCGCCUUCUGUCGGUGAUCGUCAAAUGCGGAGACGACCUUCGUCAGGAGCUCCUCGCUUACCAGGUGUUGAAGCAACUGCAGGCCAUUUGGGAGGUGGAGCGGGUCCCACUCUGGAUCAAGUCCUACAAGAUCCUGGUGAUCUCGUCCGACAGCGGCAUGAUUGAGCCAGUGGUGAACGCCGUGUCCCUCCACCAGAUCAAGAAGCAGUCGCAGCUCUCCCUCCUCGACUACUUCCUCCAGGAGCACGGGAACUAUACCACCGAGGAGUUCCUCUCUGCCCAGCGCAACUUCGUCCAGAGCUGCGCCGGCUACUGCCUGGUCUGCUACCUCCUGCAGGUCAAAGACAGGCACAAUGGCAACAUCCUGCUGGACUCCGAGGGCCACAUCAUUCACAUCGACUUCGGUUUCAUCCUCUCCAGCUCCCCCCGGAACCUGGGCUUCGAGACGUCCGCCUUCAAACUCACCAGCGAAUUUGUUGACGUAAGUCUCGCGGUCGUUCUGCGCCGGGGAACAGGCCCUUCGGCCCGAGCUGGUCUUAACCGCCUCUGUGUGGCCCUGUUUUCCGCAGGCUCCCAGCUUCCAUGUUUCCACGGCUCGGGGACGAUCCGGCAUCUGAAGGAGCGUUUCCACAUGAACCUGACGGAGGAGCAGCUCCAGGGACUGGUGGAGCAGAUGGUGGAGGGCAGCAUGCGGUCCCUCACCACCAAACUGUACGACGGGUUCCAGUACCUCACCAACGGCAUCAUGUGAGCGGCUGGGCACCCUCCCCCUCCCCCCACCUUCCCUUCCCCUCAGCUCAGGGCAGGGCAGGGCAGGGAGAGACGGGCUGUGGUGGA